GCCCGUCCGUGCAUCGCAUGCAGCCGACCCAGACCAGACGUACGUACGUACGUAAUCCUCUCCUACACACGAUCUUGCUGCGUGCGACGCAUGCAGAUGCAGUUUUGAACCCAUCUCAAUCUCAUGUCCUCCCAGCGCACGCCGAAGCCAAACACGACCCGCAUGCGCAUCGCAUGCUACGCCCUGCUUCCUGCGCCACCGCUUGACCCCAGGUCAAACCCCUCUGCGCCGUCAUAACUUCCGCUCUGGGUGCUCCAUUUACUCCCUUCAGCCUUCGCAUCCACCACUGCUUCCCGCUCAUAAAACUCGCCACUCACUGCAGCAGCAACUGAGCAAGCGGCCAAGCGCACACAGGAGUAUACUCUGCAGCACGGACACGCCCGGCCCGACAAGCCAGCCACUCUUCUCGCGUGAAGCUGCCAGGACGAGAAGAGAGAGAGGGAGUGAGACACACACAGACAGAGAAAGCGGAGGAGACUAACGAGGCGUGCAUGAGGAAGGGGGCAGUGGCCGUGAUGGGGAGGGAGGCCGCGGCCGCGGUGGCGGCGGAGCUGGAGGACUCGUUGGGGAACGCUGCUGCUGCCGCGGCGGCGGCGCCCGUGCUGAGCCCGCUGAGCGAGACGCUGUGGCGCGACAGGGCGGCGGCGGGCGGGGUCCUCCUCGGGGACGUGUCGGCGCGGCUGGCGUGGCGGGACCUCACCGUGACCGUGGCGCUCGGCACCGGCGACACGCAGGCCGUGCUGCAGGGCCUCACGGGCCACGCCGAGCCCGGCACCAUCACCGCGCUCAUGGGCCCGUCCGGCUCCGGCAAGUCCACGCUGCUCGACGCGCUCGCCGGACGCCUCGCCGCCAACGCCUUCCUCGACGGGACCGUCCUCCUCAACGGCCGCAAGGCCAACCUCUCCUUCGGCGCCGCGGCCUACGUGACGCAAGACGACAACCUGAUCGGCACGCUGACGGUGAGGGAGACGAUCUCGUACUCGGCGCGUCUCCGGCUCCCCGACAGCAUGCCGAGGGAGGAGAAGCAGGCCCUGGUGGAGGGCACCAUCGCCGAGAUGGGGCUCCAGGACUGCGCCGACACGGUGGUGGGCAACUGGCACCUGAGGGGGAUCAGCGGCGGCGAGAAGAGGCGGGUCAGCAUCGCCCUGGAGAUCCUCAUGAGGCCCCGGCUGCUCUUCCUGGACGAGCCCACCAGCGGCCUCGACAGCGCUUCGGCGUUCUUCGUGACGCAGACGCUGCGGGGGCUGGCGAGGGAUGGCGGCCGGACCGUCGUAGCUUCGGUCCACCAGCCGAGCAGCGACGUCUUCUUGCUGUUCGACUGCCUCUACCUCCUGUCAGGAGGCAGAACAGUCUACUUUGGCAAGGCUUCAGAGGCUUGCGAGAAAGGGACUGUGCUGGACUCUGGAGGGAGCCAGGCUAGCUUCCUGAUGCAGGCGUCCACGCUCACGAAGCGGUCGUUCGUCAAUAUGUCCAGGGAUUUCGGGUACUACUGGCUGAGGCUCAUCAUCUAUGUCGUCGUCACGAUUUGCAUCGGGACUAUAUACUUCAAUGUCGGCACCGGCUACAGCUCUAUCCUGGCCCGGGGGGCAUGCGCUUCCUUCAUCUUCGGCUUCGUCACGUUCAUGUCGAUCGGGGGGUUCCCGUCGUUCGUGGAGGACAUGAAGGUGUUUCAGAGGGAGAGGCUGAACGGGCACUACGGCGUGGUCGCGUUCGUGAUCAGCAACACGGUGUCGGCGAUGCCGUUCCUGGUCCUGAUCACCCUGGUGUCGGGCACGCUGUGCUACUUCAUGGUGCGCCUGCACCCGGGCUUCACGCACUACCUCUUCUUCGUGCUGGACCUCUACGCCAGCGUCACCGUGGUGGAGAGCCUGAUGAUGGCCAUCGCGAGCGUCAUCCCCAACUUCCUCAUGGGCAUCAUCGUCGGCGCGGGGAUCCAGGGGAUAUUCAUGCUGGUGUCGGGCUACUUCAGGCUCCCCCACGACAUCCCCAAGCCCUUCUGGAGGUACCCCAUGUCCUACAUCAGCUUCCACUACUGGGCGCUGCGGGGCCAGUACCAGAACGACCUCAAGGGCCUGCUGUUCGACGGCCAGCAGGACGACGUGCUGCCCAGCAAGAUCCCCGGCGAGUUCAUCCUGGAGAACGUGUUCCAGAUGGACGCGGGGCGGUCCAAGUGGCUCGACCUGGCCGUGCUGCUCUGCAUGGUCGUCGUCUACCGCCUGCUCUUCUUCGCCAUGAUCAAGGCCGCCGAGGACGUCACCCCCCGGGUGCGCCGCCACGUCGCGCGCCGGCGGGUGCGGAGCCGGCGGCGCCAGCAGCCGCUGCCCGCCCGGACGCCCUCGCUCCGCGGUUACGUGGUCCACGCCGCCGCCAGCCUGCCGGCCGAUCACCCGUGAACAACGUAACCGUCAGUUGUACUGCAAUAUAUAUGAUAUGCGUGUGUUAAGUUGUUAGUAGCAACCGCUUUAUAGCUGUAACGAAGAUGCAAUGCACCGGUAAGAUGAUGUGUGUUAUCACCAGCUUGAUGCAAGUUUUUCUUCGCC